CUCCAGGCGGAAUUGUUUUACGUAAGAGAGGGCGUGAUAAACGAGUACGCUAUUAAAUUCGUCGUGCCAGUGCCAGCGCAAGUUCACAAGCUACAUUUCACUUGGGAGAAUCUCGCCGGUAGGCCGUUGCCAUAUACAAUGUCGGUGGACAUCAGCAAUCCGUCAGCUUUGAGUAGCUCGUUGAACAUAUCGCAAGCUGGUGAAAUUCCUCUCGGCGGGCUACAAACUUGGGCAUUGGCGCUGCAUUGUGGCCCGUACGACGCGGAAGUCGAUCUGAGUCUUCGGAUAAAUGUCUCCCUGUCGAGACGGAACACCACCAGUUUGGACUUCCGACGGAAGAAAAUCUGUUUAAAGGAUAAAAGUAACAUAGGGGCGGAGGAAGUCCACGUCGCCGCUUCCGGAUCCUCUUCAGGCGGACAAAUGUUUUAUGCUGCUAUCGGCUGUGCUUGCGCGUUCAUCGCAGCCAUUUCAGUUCUUAUCAUUGCUUACUAUGUCCGUGAUAAGAAGGCCAGGAGGCAUCGGGAUCCUCUUCACGUUGACGAUGAUCUGAGGGUUCAAAUCACGGACAACGCUUUAGCCAGGGACCUGUUUCCACAAGAUUAUCAUUGCCUCGGCGACAACGAGAAUCGCCCGAUAAAGUGGCUGGCCAUUGAAAGCUUGCUUAAUAAAACAUUCAGCACUGCUUCUGAUGUGGUGAGUAAAAUCGGUCCUGCUUGAGAAUAUUUUUUUUUUUUUUUUUAUCAGCCUAAUACCAGCGAGAAUAUUUUCGUUUGUGCAUACGACAGUAAGAAAUGAAGUAGAUUCAGUAACUUGAAUUUUAAUUUUAAUUAAAUUUUACUUUGAUUUAUUUUAUUCCAUCUCGAUCAACUGAAUUUGAUGCGAAUUUAAUUAUUUAAAUAUAUUACAUUGUUUUUCCUCAAAAAGUUACAUAAUUAAAUUGAUCAAAUUUUGUUGGGCAAUUGCCAAGCUUAGUCCAUUAAUCACUGAAGGACAUUAUGAUUAUUAUAAAAUGGUCAUUAUAGUGUAAUAAUAUAAACUGUUCCAUGGGCUGAGGAUUUUGAUAAGAAAAGUAUGUUACGUAGCGCAAGUUCCAGUGAGAAUUUACACUGAUUUGCUUCUAAAAUGAAAAACUUAAUAGAUAUACUUUUAUCGAUAUUUCAGUGGGCAUUCGGAGUAUUAUUAUGGGAACUGACGACGUUAGCCCAGCAACCAUACGUGGAAGUGGACGCGUUUGAAAUGGCCUCAUACCUCAGAGAUGGAUAUAGAUUAGCACAACCAAUAAAUUGUCCCGAUGAGCUGUUCGCUGUUAUGGCCUAUUGUUGGGCAAUGUCCGCAGACGAAAGACCGACAUUCAGUCAGCUGAUUGUCUGUCUUCAAGAUUUUCAUACUCAAUUGACCAGAUACGUUUAAUCGUCGUAUGACCUUGUCUGUCUUCAAGAUUUCCAUACUCAAUUGACCUUUAAUCGUCGCUAUCGACUGUGCAACUCGUACGAAAAAUAUGUAUUUUGCGUCCGAGAAGCUUCUAAAAACUGUGACUGAGAAAAUAAAAUCGUUGGUAGGACAUGUACAUAUAUAAUGGUAGUACUUAAACAUUAACGUUAAGGUUUAGGUCACGAAAGUUGAGCAAAUAUUAGCGAUAGACAUGUAGUUUCGUAUGCAUUUUAUUAAAAGGAAAAAAGAAGAGUAGUCGAAUCAAACUUUUUAAAAGUCGCAGAACUCGUUUUCGUAGAGUUUAUCAUGUAAAUUAUUUUGCCAAGUAUUAAAUAGAUGCAACCAUGUAUUUUCUCUAACAGCUAGACUGCGAAUGUUUACGCAUUUGUAGAAAACUAAAAAUUUCGAAAGUUCACGUACAAGCCUAUGUAGAAGUAUGUAAAAUCCAAAGCAUAAUAAUGUAGCUUUUAUUAUAUCAACUUUGAAGUUGAAGUUUUAUUUAAUAUUAAAUAUCAUGUAACGAUGCUCAUAAUUAGAUUCUGCAAAUUUUUAUACAUUUAUGUGAAAUUUGGAGAUGCAGAAAUGCACACAAUGCAUGUUAUAUAACACUAUAAAAUAUCCAGAAUGAUAAUAAAUAAAUAAAUAAAAUAUUAUGAUAGUUAAUAAAUUUAGAUUCCAUCUUCAUAGAUAUUCAUAAAAAUUUAAAAUAUAUGCAUAAAAAUUCGCUUAUAAUUUAUAAUAACAAAAAUAUUAUGUUUUAUUAGGUAUGUUAUGUUAUUUUAUAAUAUAUUGUAUAAUCUCAAGGUGAUCUAAAGUUGGCUAGGCAAGGGUUUAAUAAAUAAAAUAGAUCUCUAUUUAGAUCUCAUUUUUUUUUAGUUAAGUUUAUAAAAGUAUGAAAUUGCACGAACAUUCGCAAUCUAGUAAUAGCGUCCAGUAACAAGUCACCGUAAAAGUUUGACGUAAUGCAUAAUUUAUUUCUACUUAAGUUAAGACUGAAUGUAAGUUUAUUUGUUUGAUGAUAUACAUAUUUACGCAACUACUAACAAGCAAUAUUUUUUUGAUGAUUGAAAUUAUUAAAUUAGAGAAAAAUAUUAAAAGAAAAAAGGUGAACCACGUAUUCAUGCUCAUAUCUUUUAUGCACGUAUUCUUUACAAUUGCAUUAUUUUUUUAAAUUUUUCUUUACAUUUGUUAAGUUAUAUUUAUAUUUUUUACAAUUACACUAUUUUAAAAAAUUUUUUUUCUUUGUCAAAUUUUCCCACUUUACUUUUUUUUCAGUUUACGCGAAAAAGUAUUAGAUUAAUGAUUAAUAAUUGAUGAAUUUAAAAAACAUUUCCAAUUUAGAAACUAAGGUAGAAUUUAUCGCAUGAAAUAUAAGGAAAACAAAGUAAACUUUACAAAAUUAAAAUUUAUAUAUUUUUUAAGCCAGUCAUUUUGCUGCC